AUGGCCUCGACACCUCACCACCCUCCCACGACUCCCUCAACCCGUCAAACCCGAGUCGAAAACGCUCUGACGUCCCUUCUGGAACGUCUCGUCCCACCCCAAGCACCUCACGAAUCAGAAGAGUCCGCCGACGAACGCUGGGAUGAAGCAAAUAGCUUUGCCGUCGACGAAAUCGCCCGUGCGGACCGAGAAGGACAAGCGCCUGGUGAAGGAGAAGAUGUGGGAUUCGUAGCGGAACUGAUCAGACGGAGACUACGAACGGAUGGAAGGGAGGAUGCAGAUGAGGGGAGGUUUUCGAAUCUGUACGAGAGGUUGGUGGCACAGCCAGUUCUGGGCAGGAAGUGGGGGAUUCUGUGGUUUUUGUUGAAGAUGAGUGAGGAUCGUGGAGGAGAGGAGCAAGGACAAGGGGAGGAGGAGGAGAGGCAGGAGAAGAAGGCGGACUUGAGGAGGGACAACGGGAGAGGGUAUGAGUCGCGGAAUGAGGCGUUCGAUGAUGCGUUUUCGAGAAACGGUCUGAAUCAAGUACCCGCCGCGAGAGGAGUAGGGAGUCCAGCGCAACCGCCAGUCCUCCCGCCGGGAAGAGAGAAGCCCACCGUGCCUCCGCCGCAAAGGAACAGGAGAGAGGACAACAUCCAGCCAGAUACCACCACGAGAAGGUCAGCAGAUGAGCUGGACCCAUCAGAAGCAGCAUUAUUGCGAGACUUGCCUUUCACAUUACAAGGACUGUCGUCGACGAAUCUACAGUUCGUGGAUAAGCAGUCGUUGAAACUACCGCCUACUCUGCCUGUGCCGCUCAUAGCACUUCUGCAUACACUCGCCGAGCCCUCAUUACUAUACCGAUCACUGGCAGAGUUUGUGGAGGGCAACGAGGGUGGUCUGGUGGGUCAAAGUCUGAGAUCAGCGAUUGGAGUGGAGCUGAGAUCAUAUCUCGGCCUGGUCGCUACCCUCGAAGGACAGAUCCGAAGAGCGCUGGCGCAGCUGGACGAGAAGCUACCACAUGGCGGGAUUGGCAAGACGGGCGUGACAUUGAAGAGAUGCGUGGUGUGGACGAGAGAAGCCACACUUGGUCUUCGACUAAUGAGCGUGAUUGUGGAGUCCUCGAAGGCCAAGAAAGGAGGCGAGCUGAUCAGUCUGAUACACAGCUUCUCUUCUUCCCAUGGAGACCCAUUCGUGCAUACAUUCGCUGAGCGAUUACUCACCCAAAUCACACGGCCGUUCUACAAUAUGUUACGGGCGUGGAUCUAUGACGGAGAACUUGAGGACCCAUACCAGGAGUUUCUGGUAUACGAGAACCCGGAUCACGAAGACAGUGGAGCCACGAGCGUAUGGGAGCACAAAUACCGCUUGCAAGAAAGCAUGAUUCCCUCGAUCAUGACUCCAGACUUUGCAACCCGUGUCUUUCUCAUCGGCAAGUCUCUAAACUUCAUCCGCCACGGCUGCGGCGACAGCGCCUGGGUCGAGUCUUACAGUAAGUCGGCCUCAAAAGAACUGUCAUAUGGCGAUACCGCCAAUCUCUCCAGCAGCAUCGACGAAGCCUACAAAACCGUCAUGGCACGCCUCAUCUCCCUCAUGGAAACCAAAUUCGCCCUCUUCUCGCACCUCCUCGCCCUGAAGAAAUUCCUCCUUCUCGGCCAAGGCGACUUCAUCGCCCUCCUCAUGGAGUCUCUAGCCUCCAAUCUUGACCGACCCGCAAAUUCCCAAUACCGCCAUACCUUGACAGCCCAGCUCGAACACGCUAUCCGCAACUCCAACGCCCAACACUCCCCACCCGACGUCCUCCGCCGACUAGACGCCCGCAUGCUGGAACUCAGUCAUGGCGAGAUUGGCUGGGACGUCUUCACGCUCGAAUACCGUAUCGACUCACCCUUGGACGUCAUCGUCACGCCUUGGGCGAGCAAGCAAUAUCUCAAAGUCUUCAACUUCCUGUGGCGCGUCAAGCGUGUGGAGUUCGCUUUGUCGACAACUUGGCGGCGAGUCCAGACGGGUGCCCGAGGCGUGCUCGCUGCUGUGAGCGAUACCGUGGGUAAAGACUGGAAGCUCGCUCGUGGUGCUUUGGCGGAAAUGGUCCAUUUCGUCGAUCAACUGCAAUACUAUAUCCUGUUCGAAGUCAUCGAAGCUGGAUGGGAAGGGUUGCAGACUGCUAUGAGACAACCUGGAGCGACGCUAGACACCCUCAUUGGCGCACACACUGCCUACUUGAAAUCCAUCACAAGAAAAGGAUUGCUCGGCGGUGGUGGGGCGAGUGUGGACUUCACAGCUCAACUACACGAGUUGCUAAAGUUGAUGCUGGGCUAUCGCGAGGCCGUGGACGGGUUGUACUCUUACAGUGUGGCCGAGUUCACGAAAGGACAGGAGAGAAAAGCGAUGAUCGAGACGAGAACAAAAGCCGGACGGUGGGGCAUCACGGAGAAAGAUGAAUUGAUGGACUCGCCAACAUAUGCGACUGGACGCAAGGGCAGGGAAGAUGCCGACUCUCCUCUGCCGCAACUUCUACCGUUGGGUAAGGACGGCGCCGGAGUAGAGACAAAUAUGCUGGAGCAAAUCCGCGGCAGGCUGAAGGCUUUGGGCGUGGACUUCCGCGCGAGAGUGAAUGUCCUGCUGGGUGAUCUGGCGUAUCAACCGGAUGUGGAUAUGCGGUUUUUGGCGGUGGUGAUGAAUUUCAACGAAGUCUAUACGCCUGUGAAGAGGAGGCGGCAGGCUAAGACGGGUGAGAGGGAGAGGCAUGUUCAGCCGGGGGCGAGUUCCGUGAGGAGGUAG